CCUCCUCCGGCCAACGGAAGAAGCGUUUAUAUCGUCCUGGCAGUCGGAGAAAAGAAGUUGGAAACCUCACUCCAUCGGCACAAUGAUCAACUGGAAGGCUUUGGACAACGUUCCCCUCCUCUUCUACAUCCUGGCCUUGAAGACGCUGCUGCUCUGCCUGGCGUUCGCAGGAGUGAAGAUCUACCAGAGUAAGAAAGCGGAGGAGGUGGUGAAGAAGCAGCAGGCGGAGAGGAGGAGGCUGGCCCAGCAGACCCAGGAGCUCAUAGACAACAAGAAGGACGACUGAGAGGAGAGCACAGGGUGUGUGAGGUGUGUGAGGUGUGUGAGGUGUGUAUCUGAGCGGAGCUACCAGCCUCGUCCUGCAAGGCCGGCGGCAGACGUCCGACCCACCGCCAACGGACGACACGCCGCGUUUCAGGGAUUCGUCCGUGACUGUGAACCAAGUCACUUUCUUUUGUUUGUGUUUGUUUAAAACAUUUUGUAAAAGACAGGUUUUUCCUCGGUGGCUUUAUAAGCUAAACUCCUUUUGAAAGCCACUGAUGUGGAGAUGGAAGGAGAGCAUCUUCCUUCUCAGGUGUGAUUUUUUUAAAGCCUUGUAGUCGAGCUGAAGUUCUCCCCAUUUGCCCAACAGGAAGCCGUUUCUGUUCACUUGUCGACUACAUUUCCCUAAAACAUCUUACACCUAGUUUAUACUCACAUUUGCAUCAUAAACUAGGUUCUUAUGCAGAACUAACUAACUAUUAUUUUCAUUAUCAAUGAAUCUGUUGUUUGAUUACUCCAUCAAUUGUUUAGACAAAAAAGUCCAAAGUGAUGUGUUCAACAUGGAGCUUUAGUUUGAGCAGCUACUAAAACAAAAUUUUGAUUAGUAGAAUAAUAUAAAAUGGAAAAAGGCAAGUUGUUUGGAGCAUUUAUGAAAUUACAACCAGUAAAUGAGUGCCAUUUUUACUUGGUAAAUGACCAGAAAUUAAUAGUAAAUUGUCAAAACUGAGGUCAGUUCAUAUAUUUGUUUUUUUUUGCCAGUUAAUUGUCUCUGCUCUAAUCAGAAGCAUUUAAAAUUAGUACAACAGCAGACAGAGUUUGAAGUACAUUGCCAACAUUAUAAGUGGUUAAAAAAAAGUUUAAGGCCGGCCAAAUACAGUCAAAGCUUUUUUUGUUGUUGUUGUUCCUGUGUACAUGAAUGCAUCAUUGUUAUUUAUUUAUUCAGAGUAUAUGACAUGUUUCCUGCGACUUGUGAAAAGACUUUGCAGUAUUAAAAUAUCUGUUCCAAAAUAACCGAGCAUCAGGGAGGAAAACGAUGAUGAGACGGUCGGCCGCUGAGCUUAUUCAAGAUGAGUCAGGUUUCUGUUUUUGAUAUUUGUGGGGUGUAAUCAUGACACAGAUCUGUCUUCUGUGGCAAAAAAUAAACGCACUGUGUGGUUUCUCUCUCAUGUCCGCUCCAGAGAUGAAAUCAAAAAGGUUUUAGCGCCAAGAUUUUUUUUUAGGAAACUAAU